AUGGACAUUGAAAAAGCAUAUGAUACCAUGAGUUGGAAUGCUAUUCUUGCUACCCUUUACCUGAUGAAUUUUCCUAGUAAAUGGAUCUCUUGGAUUAGGGCUUGCAUUAGUUCUGCUUCAUUUUCCCUUCUAAUCAAUAAACAGCCGACCUCCUGGAUUAAGCCUUCUAGGGGCCUUCGUCAAGGUGAUACUCUGUCAUCCUAUCUUUUUAUCCUUGUUGUGCAGAACCUGUCGGCUAUUCUGAAUUUUGCUAUGCAAAGCCAAAUUAUUCUUGGUUUCAAUCCUUCGCUCAGAAACAACUUCAAUCAUCUUAUGUAUGCCGACGAUUUGAUUCUUAUUACUCAGGCGACCAGGAAAUCUGCUCGUAAUAUCAAUCUUUGUUUUUCUAUUUAUGAGAGAUUGACUGGUCAACGAGCUAAUAAGUAUAAAUCUAGCAUGUAUUUUCCUUCCUCAUUCAAUUGCAGACUGAAAAACAGCAUUUGUAGCAUCCUUGGGUUCAAUUCUGCUGCAUGUCCGUUAACAUAUUUAGGGAUGACUAUCUCACCCAAACGCUUAGCAAUUUCCAAUUUUACCAGCUUGCUUGCUAAAGUUGAAAACACCCUAUCUAUCUGGAAACGCUUUAGAAUUUCUAUGGCUGGCAAAACAAUUCUCAUUAACUCAGUCCUCAUGUCUACUCCUGUCUACUACCUUUCAGUCUAUCCUAUCCCUGACACCAUCUUGGAUGGUAUUUCUAAGCUUGCUAGGACUUUCUUUUGGUCAAAAGGGGGCAAUAAAAAAGGCAUGAGCUCUGUAAAAUGGACAGAUAUUACACUUGCGCAGACUGAGGGGGAUCUCUCUAUUCGCAAUUUGCGUGUUACUAAAACUUCUCUUAUGGCCAAAAAUAUGUUUAGUUAUCUCAAUCAUCAGAACUCCAUCUGGGUGGAUAUCUUACUUGAUAAAUAUGGCUAUGUUAAUUUCUGGACCGAUUCCAUUCUAGCAAAUUGUUCUUGGUUCUUUCGUGGCCUUUGGCAAAAUGCAAAUAUCAUCAAACCUCACAUUUGGCUGCAGCAUUUUCAUCCUGUUCAAACUGACAUUUUGAUGGAUCCGUGGUAUUUUGAAAUCCCGUUGGCUUUUAAACCUACUUAUUUCAAUAUGGAUUUUAAUUUUCAUUUGUUAAGCUUGUCUGAUCUUUAUGAUAAUGGACGCUGGAACUUGUCCACUUUACAUGAAGUGUUUGGUGAUUUUAUGAAUUUGGAUUAUCUUGCCAAUAAUCGCCUCAUCAGUAAUAUGGAAAACAAAUGGGUCUGGUACCCUAAAUCUCAGAAAAAUAAGCUUACGGCUAUGGUUUAUUCUCAUUUCAACAAAUCUAUUGAUUGGCGAGAUGCUUGGGAUGGUUGGGAAAAUGUUUGGCGUCUAAAAGUUGCCCCUAGACCUAAACAUUUUCUUUGGUUGUUGUUUCACAACGGAAUCAAAACUCAUGAGUAUCUUUAUAGACUGAAUCUUGGCCCUCAAACGGUGUGUGGGUUCUGCAGAUUGGAUUUUGAAACCACUGAGCAUUUGUUGAACUCUUGUCCUAAAGCUCAAUUUGUUUGGAGAUAUAUUAGAAAUGCCAUUGGUAAACAAAUCUGCUUCUAUGAUGGCUUCUCUGAAGUGGGUAGCAGUGAGUCUACUAAUGUUGGUGUCGGCUUCUACAUUACUGACUCUGUUUCUAAGUUUAUUGGUGCUGGCUGGUGCAACAACUCUGCAGAUUCAGCAUUAGAAGCUGAUGCUCUCGCUUUGAUUGCGGCAAUGGGAAGCAUUUAUGACUCUGAUAUUCAAAUUCGUACCAUCUUCAUCACAAAUACUGAUCUUCACAGAGCAAUCUUGUCUGAUAAUGCCUCCAUUUCUUGGCGAAUUCAACCAUUGAUUUCCAACAUUACUGACUAUCUCUCCUAUCUUGGAAAUCCCCAGAUUCACAUUGUGCCUAGAUCAUGGAUGAAUGUAGCUGUUAGUUUGGCUUUUCGUGGUCUUAAUUCUCAUGCUCUAACACUCUUUCUUCAAGGUCGUGAUCUCCCAUUUUGGUUAAUGAAGUUGCUCAACAGAAGUGGAAUCCUAUUGUAA